AUGGAAAAGAAUGAUGGUGAACAAGGAAUAGGGAAAGAGGAGAGGAAAGAGGGGGGGUUUAUACUCCAGGAGAUCGUGCCUCAGGACCCCCGAGUCACCAGACGCAAAAUCUCUUUUGGACAAUUUGAGAAAGAGAGAUCAGCCAGCAGAAUGACAGUUGCGAUCCUGAUCGACGACCCGAAUCAUCAUGUCAGCCAUCUACGAAACAAUAUGCGCAAGCCCACUAAGCUACACUUCAUAACAAGGAUGCGACCCGUCAUCGAUGUGGUGCGCGACGCUCACCACCCAGCUUGCGUAUCUCUUUCUUGGCUGUUCUCAAGGUCUACAGCCACCAUGAACAACAUGGGUUCGAUGGGAAAAUUGGCAAAUUCUAGCCAUGGGCGGGAUCAAUAUCAAGGCUGCUCUAGGCACCUACGAAGUGGAAGUGUAGUGAAACUCGGAGUGGGCUUGCAUUAUUGCUGCACGAAUCUCUCGGGCAAUCAUCGUUACUCGACCGUGCUGAUUGCAUGCCGAAUAUCUAUCUAUAUCCUAUCCCUCCCAGCAGCGGAGGAGCAUAAGCAGGCAAUACCGUGUUGGCGCACACGCCAUGCGGCUAUUCCUUCCCGCUGUGAUACAGGUGGACAGCCGGGGCGUCAGGGCAACGUUGCGUAUCGCCAGAUUCCAGCUGUGCAGGGUCCAUUUGCAAUUUUUGCGACAAUUGCAAAUUGGGUGAUGGGUUUCCCUACCGUUGAAGGACAGCAUGGUCCCCUUGGCUGA